UAUUUACUGAGCGUUUAAAAAUAGAACAGUGCAUUUAAUUUGUGAGUUAUUGAGCCCGAAAGUGUUACGUGGGACACCCGGUAUGUACAAUGAAACUAUUGGGAAAAAGUUCAGAAGAGAUAACGGAUGAGUCAAGGUUUCUGUAAAACAAAUCAUUAUCAUAAUUAUACCUACACUGUCUGAUAAACGAUAAACUUAUAAAUUAAAUGAAAUAAACUAACCUUAUCUAAGAAAUCAUCGGAAAAAUGUUUCCCUGACCAGACAGGUAUCUCAGGUUUCCAAUUGACGUGAUUGUUUUGCGGUGGAAGGGCUCACAAAAUUUUGCACUUUAUUUGUGACGUAUAGUAGAUAAGCUGUCUCGUUUCUACAUUGUGACAAGUUAUAGUGAGACAUGGAAUCACAUUCUUCGACAAUUGUGCCAAUACAGAAUGAUGACGAAAAUAUUCAGACGUUAAGGUUUGACGAGGCCCACGUCGACCACGAUAGACACCUAGACCAUCGCGAAGGCGCAGUUAACCCCCAGAAUCCGAAUAAUGCCGAAUCAGAGGAGUCAAAUUUGCAAACUAUGUGGAAAUUGUGGUGGCCGCCUAGUUUCGGAUUGAUAAUUAUUUCUUGUAUCCAAUUAUUUUUUUUCUUGAUUGAUGAAAUAAUUAAAAAUGUCGACUCCACGAAUUCUGCGACGGGACCCAUAGCCAAGCUGUUUACUUAUGACCCGAUGAAGAGAUACGAGUUUUGGAGGUACUUGACGUACAUGUUCGUGCAUAAAGAUUAUGGACAUUUUAUUUCAAAUCUGUUCCUCCAAAUCGUCUACGGCAACUUUCUUGAAAAGAACCAGGGCUGGUGGCGGGUUUUCGUUAUUUAUUUCGCAGGAGUGGUUGCAGGUUCCCUGGGAGAUCCCAUUCACUCAGUGGUGGGGGCCAGCGGCGGUGUCUUGUCCAUUAUCACUGCCUAUAUCCCUGUCAUAAUCAUGAAUUGGAAGAAAAUGCCCUAUCGAAAAAUGCAACUCAUAAUGUUCGUUAGUGUUAUCAUUGGAAUCCUUAUUGAUUCCAUUGACAACAAGUAUGAAAUUGCAUGGCUUACUCAUUUUUUUGCGGUUAUGGCAGGUUUUUUAGUCAGCAUAGUUGUUUCAAAGGAUCAAAAACUUAAAGAGAAAGGAAACAUAAAACGAUGGAUUGCCCUGGCUUGUUAUGUGAUACUCAUGUUGCUCGAAAUCUGUUGUAAUAUUUUCUACAGUUAUUAUUUCCCCGUACAAAUUUAAAGCGUGCCUUUUAUGUUUUUUUGUUUUAAUAAAAGUUUACAAAAUU